CAACAAAAGAAAAAACAAAAACCAUUUACUGAGUGUAUGACAUCAUUCCCUUUCGUUCGCACACCAUAAUGCCGUCGCAUUCUAGCGCUCGGCAUUGCUUUAACUUCCUUUGUGUGUAGUCGUCUCUAUAUAGCAGAGCCAUCAUCGUGCACACACACAGAUACCCACAAACACAGGCAAACACAUUAUUCAGUCGCUGGGUACGAGGGAAGGAAGGGAGGUAGAAAGAAGGGAAACAACACAACAACUAGAGGUCUGUAUGCCGCUUCAAGACUCUGGUGCACAUAUCUUUCAAAACGACUGGUUAUUUCUGAUUUUACUAUGGUAGACUAAGUACACGUUCGUUCGCUCGCUCGCUGGUCGCACAUAAACAUUUUGUCGUAGUCGUACAUUUAAAAAGCGCGUAUUUUUUGUAAUUUUGUGUGAAAUAUUUAAAAAAAAAAAAACGUUAAACAAAUAAGUUCCUAGAUUUUAAAGCUGGGAUUAAUAAAAAACUAAAUUAAACAAAUCGACUAACGAAUUGCAUACAAAAAUAUAAAAAUUAAUUUACAAAGUUUGCGAACAAAAUUGUGAUUUUUUAAAUAAGAAAAAUUAUUACAUAUUGCAAAACAAAAAAUAAACAGAAAUAGAAACAUAAACAGUCAUAUUAAUUUAACUACAAUUGUUUACAUUAAACAGUUAAACUACUGGCAAAGUAUUUUGUUUGUUGACAUUUUUAAUUAAGAGAAUAAAGAUAAUAAUAAUAAUAAAAUUUGUGCAAAAAGAAAAACAUAAAUGAAAACAAUAAAACAGUGAAUUUUCGCGCACAAGAAAGACAUAAUCAAAACAAACCAUACAUAACCAGCCAUUCAAUCAAACACAAUAAUAACAACUACAACAAGAAGAAAAAAAGCAGCAAAUAAUUCAUAUAAGAUCCAUUGAUCAACAACCAAUUUUUUGUGCAUGCACUCAUUCAUUCUUCAUCCAUCUCUGCUCACUCACUAAUCUAAUGAUUGAGAUCAAAAAGAAACAGAAUAAAGAAACUAAAUUAAACACUGAAAGUUGAUGAUAAUGUAUGUGAACAGAUAAGAAGAUACAGAAAACAAAAACAAAAAACAUUAAAGUGGAUAAAUAAAAAAAAAAUAAAGAUCAACACAACAAAAGAAAAGACAAAUUUGAGAAAAAGAAAGAUGUCCAAAAUUAACUGUCAAAGACUGUGCUGUUGUUGUUUAAAUAUGAAUCUAUGUUUUUUGUUGUAAUUAACCAAAACACCAAAAACACACAGAGCCAAACAGCUAAACAAAAAUAAAAAUAAAAAACAGAAACAAAACUCUACUACUACAAUCAAAGUUUGCCAUUAAAAAUAUUAAAAGUGGACAACGUAACAUUGGAGGGAUCUUUCCACUUUGCAACACCACAAAGCCUACACGAUAGUAUUGUGGAUUUAUUCAUAAGGUUUAACAAAACAAUGUGCACAGAGGUUAACUCAGCCAUGGGUCUACAAGCCACAACCGCUACAAAGCGGAAACAUGAUCUUACAUUUGAUAGCAAGGACACAAACACCUACACAAAUUGUCCGCCGCCAAUAAAGACCAGUAAAUGGUCGUUGAAUAAUAAUAAUUACAUCGAUGCUGUCGGAGAGCAAAAACUUGCAGCCGUUAAUGGUAUUAAGACAAACAACAGCAAUAAUAAUAACAACAACAACAAUAACGAAAACAAAAGGUGUGACAUGUCGUGUGGCACUAUUUCGUAUAACUUAAGAAAUGGCAAAGAAGUUCUAAGAACUAAAGUGACAUCGGUAAAGCCCGUAUUAAACGCCAUUGUCGCUAAUAUACCAGUUGCUGGUGAAGUUGAUGCUACCACACCCUUGCCGCCCACCUCGUCGACACUCGUGCCGGAGGAUAGUAUAGCAAAACUAGAGGUUGUAGCAAGUGUACCUUGGACCUCGGCACCGGAACCAGUCGAUUGUAUAUCGAAAUUACAAGCAGUGGCCGUGCCUAGUGAUCCUUGGGGCAGCAUCUCGACACGUUCGACUCUGGCCACUACAUUGCUUAGUGCUGAUGAAUUAGAUGACGAUGAUGAUGACUUUGAAGAUGACUAUGAAGAAGAAGAAAGUAUUAUUCCCACAUAUUGCCCCUUGAGAUACCAUACAUUCCCAUCGGCGAAUUCACCAUCAUCAUCAUCAUCAGCAUCACCAUCGCCGAACCAUCAAAAUCAGCGUAUGGGAGGUAGUUUUACUACUUCUCAGAGUUAUGGAUCUAGGCCUAACUAUUACUCUGAACCAUUUCCCCAGCAAAAUUGCUCGCGUACUGGUAGCCCCCAACAUUUGCGUGUGGGUAAUGGAUUUACUUGGCCAAACGGCAACAAUAGCAGUUUUUAUGCUUCCCCAGAAUCUGCCUACACGUCUCCGCAGCAACAACAACAUGCUGCGUCUCAACAACAACAUCAACCUCAAGUUCAGCAACAAACUAUUAGAUGUGCGGAAAAUGGUAAAUCCUAUUUGGAAUUAGGCUGCACUAGUCCUGUACCGAAUGUUACGAAUAACACAGUACCCGCACCAUCACCCACGCCAUUCGUUGGUCUGCAUGUUGCCGCGCCCGCUGCUCAUGAAGCCAGACUACCAUUGAAACGUUGCUGUGACGGUCGCGGCUCUUGGUGCGGCUCUAAUAAGACCUGCUACAAAGACAUUCGUCUAAAAAUUCGAAAUUUAUCCAUGUUCAAACUAUCACGUUUCCGUCAAGUGUCCGAACAGUCAUUGUACAGAUCAGUAUUAAUUUGUAAUACACUAAAAAGAAUCGACAGAGAAAUUGAAGCAGAGGCAAAAGAAUUACACCAGGCAGCUGCACAUGUUGCACAGCAACAUCAUAACCACCUUAAUCACAGCACUACCACUGCUCACCAUCAACCUCAGUCGCAGUACCAUCAUCAUCUGCAUUCGCACAUGCAGAUACAGUCGCCAUUGCCAUCGCAUAACAACAGCAACAACGGACAUCAUCAUCAGCUGCCUCAACAACAACAACAUCAUUCCCAACAGCCCAUGCUACACCCUCAACAUCAGGAUUAUAUGCCAGUUCCCAAUUGCGGUCGUCUUGGUGGUAAUGUUGAGUACCAGAAUCAUCAACAGCAACAACAACAACAGUCUGCGGCCCAACAAAACUUUCAUCAGCAUCACUAUCAAAAUGAACGUAUGGAAUCGUCUCCAUUCCAAAAUUCUUUGCAAAAACCCGCCCCCACAAGUCAGUUUCUAAAUAAUCAUCAAAGUUCCAAUAAUUGUACGGGAUCCGUGACAACAACUCUGCAUCCAUAUGACCAUUAUCCCUUUCGGGAAACACAUUCGGGUCGUGCCACUCCUUACCCAAGCCAACCUGUGAUAUCAUUACCACCUGUUUCUGCCUCUGCAUCACCAUCAUCUUCGUCUCAAGUGCAAUCAUCUGUGACAUCUCCCGCAACAAAUACCACAGCAGUCUCGACCGCCUCCUCAAUAACAUCCGAUACAGAUUCCGGUUAUGCGGAUGAUGACUCAACUCGUUCAAUUAACUGGAGCUCCGUGCUAAGUCUCUCAUCGCAAUCAGCCUUAGAUCCGCUCAAUAAUAACGAUCUAUUUUCAAUACUACCACCUGCGAAUCCAGCUACUGCCGUACCCGUAUCCAUACCUUCAUCCUCCUCAACAACAAAUGGCAGCGAAACAUCAUCAUCGUCCUCCUCAUCCAUGGCUGUGGCAAUCAGUGGUACCUUUACAACCGUUCAGUCGUCAUCUGCGUCCUCACCAGCUGCGACAAGCAGUUUAUGCAACACGUCCACAAUUCCCCCAUCUGCCACAACCACCGCCACCUUUACAACAUUAUCGACCAUCUCGUCUGCAACGCAUUCACUCACCUCCUCCUAUGUCAGCAGCAUGAGUUCCAAUUUAACAUCAGCUGCGUCGACUUGGGAAUAUGGAUUUCUAGACAUGGAAUUCGGAUUGGGGACCGAAUUUACGGAACUGGCUCCUAGCUGCAAACUCUCUGCAGAUGAUUUCGGAUUCAAAAACAGUCUAACACCCGUAACUGUGACUCGUUACGAUAAUGAACUUGAACAACCUGCACAUAUAAUGGUCGGCAGUUAGUAUCAGUUGUAAGCAACUCCUCUACAACUCGUUUUAUUAUGUUGCAAGCAGGCCACCACCUCCUCGUCCACAAAAAGUAUUUCUAAACAUUUAAGUUGAAGCUUAUCCAGCUUUAAAAUGCCACUUUAAAUCCUUAAGUUACCAUCUAAGUUUACGUUUUUUAUUACACAUUUUAGUUAUUUCUCUCUUCAAAAGUAAAUUGCUCAGGUUGUGAACACAUUUUUUUCUCUAACCGUUAGAAUUUUUUAUAUAGAAAUGCUACCUAUGGAAGUCAAUGAUCAUUAAUCCAGAAAUCAAGUUUUAAAAGCUUUAUUUCGGAACACUGGCAAUUCGCAAAUCAAUUUUUUUAAAUUUAAUCAAUUUUACAUUUUAUAUAAAUCUAAUAUUUGUAUUUAAGAGUAUUUGUGGGUGUAAGUGGUCCAUAAGGAACAUUAACAUUUUACAUUUACUAUAAAUUAAAUUUUCGACAAAAUACAAAGCUUUUAUUACAAAAAAUUAAUAAAUAAUCAUUGACAUUCAAUCUAUUUAAUUCCUAUUUUUACUGUACUGCAUACAACUAGUAAAUUUGUCUAAACAUUUUGUAAAUACUUGUAAUUAAUAUUAAACUAAUUUAAGAAUUUCCAAAAUCUAUCGUUAGCUGCAAUCUAAGAUAUUGUUAUUAAUUUAAGAAAAUAUGAAUUUUAUUAGAAAAACAAAGAACUUCUUUUAAAAGGAUUUCUUAAUUUAAUUUUGAUUUAAGUGCAAAUCAUUGUAAAUAUUUUCCAAGGUAUUUUAUUUUUAUUUAUGAAAAAAAAAUAACAACUAAAAAUGUUUCAAAAGAACAAAAAGUAAAACAAAGUUAUUAAAGAAGAAAAAAAACAAAUAAAAAAUAA